CGGCGGGGGCGGGGCCAAGUCGGGGCCGGCGGUGGAGACGGCGUCGGAACUCGCUGCGCGGCUCGGCCGGGCUCAACAGUUCGCCAAGUCCGGGCGGCGCUGGGGCGCGCGCAGGGGGGGCCGCCCGGACAUGCCUCGCACCCCGCUCCGAGGGGCUCGGGGACUCGAGCGCCCCGUCCACACUCCAACUUAGGACUUUUAUUUUUUAUUUAUUUAUUUAUUUAUUUAUUUUGGUGUUUGGGGGCAGGGGGUCCCCCAGCCCGACAGGAGUGGGCGGCCCGGCUGGGGGAGCCCCGGGACGCGGUGUGACGGGGCGGGCACGUCCCCUCCGGCAUGUAGCGCUGCGCCCUGUGCCCAGCGGACAGCUCCGGGACCCCCCCACCCCGCCUCUCCCCGGAGACCCCGCCGGGACGCCGCCGCCUUCGCCUUCGCCUUGGCCGCCGCCGCCGCCGCCCGUCUCCUCCGUGUCCUCUGCACAGUCCAGCCGCCGGCUCUGCGCACCCCCUGCGACUCCACUUUGACGCGCCUCCGGGACCUCGGCAAGCGGGCUCGGCGACCCUCCCGGGGACGCGGCGGCGGGUGUCGGCGCCCCGCGCCCCGGUGCGCGCGCGCGCCUCCCCGGGGAUCCAGCCAGCCGCCGGACGUCCCCGCGUGUCCCCCCACCCCACCCCGCGCCUGCCCUCCCCGAGGGUCCCGGCGGUCCGAGCGCGCGUGCCCCCACACCCCGCCGCCCGGGCGCCGGCGGGGAGAUGAGCGCGCCGCUGGACGGCCUGUCGGUGAGCUCGUCCUGCACCGGCUCGCUGGGCUCGGCGGCGGCGGCGGCGGCCGGCGGCGGGGGCGCGGGGCUGCGGCUGCUGUCCGCCAACGUGCGCCAGCUGCACCAGGCGCUGACGGCGCUGCUGAGCGAGGCGGAGCGGGAGCGCUUCACGCACUGCCUCAACGCCUACCACGCGCGCCGCAACGUCUUCGACCUGGUGCGCACCCUGCGCGUGCUGUUGGACAGCCCGGUCAAGCGGCGCCUGCUGCCCAUGCUGCGCCUGGUCAUCCCCCGCUCCGACCAGCUGCUCUUCGACCAGUACACGGCCGAGGGCCUCUACCUGCCCGCCGCCACCACCACCGCCGCCGCUGCCACCGCCGCCGCCGCCGCCGCUGCUACCACCGCCCCCGCCUACAGGCAGCCCGCCUGGACUGGCCCCGACGGCGCGGGGCCGGCGGGAGAGGUGCGCGUGGUGAGCCUGCGGCGCGCCAAGGCCCAGGAAGGCUUAGGCUUCAGCAUUCGAGGGGGCUCCGAGCACGGCGUGGGCAUCUAUGUGUCGCUGGUGGAGCCCGGGUCUCUGGCCGAGAAGGAGGGGUUGCGAGUCGGCGAUCAGAUUCUGCGUGUCAACGACAAAUCUCUGGCCCGGGUGACGCACGCAGAGGCCGUCAAGGCGCUCAAGGGCUCCAAGAAGCUGGUGCUGUCCGUCUACUCCGCGGGGCGCGUCCCCGGGGGCUAUGUCACCAACCACAUCUACACCUGGGUGGACCCCCAGGGCCGCAGCGUGUCCCCCCCCUCGGGCAGCAGCGCCCUGAGGCAGCGAGAGGGUGACCGGAGGAGCACCCUGCCCCUUCUGCAGGGCGGGGAUGAGAAAAAGGUCAACCUGCUGCUGGGAGCCGGCCGGUCCCUGGGCCUCACCGUGCGCGGGGGCGCCGAGUACGGCCUGGGCAUCUACGUCACCGGCGUGGACCCAGGCUCGGAAGCGGAGAGCAGCGGGCUCAAGGCGGGAGACCAGAUCCUGGAGGUGAACGGCCGGAGCUUCCUCGGCAUCCUGCAUGACGACGCCGUGCGGCUGCUCAAGUCGUCCCAGCACCUCAUCCUGACGGUCAAGGACGUCGGGAGGCUGCCCCACGCCCGCACCACCGUGGACGAGACCAAGUGGCUCGCCAGCUCCCGGAUCGGGGACCCCACGGCCCACGGAGCAGGGUUCCCCGGAGACCUCACGGCCGAAGGCAGCAGCAAGCUGGGGUUCUACAAGGGGCCGGCCGGCUCGCAGGUGACGCUGAGCAGCCUGGGCCACCAGGCACGAGCACUGCUGGAGGAGCAGGCGCGGCAGCUGCUGAGCCAGCCCGAGCGCGCCACCCUGGCCUACUACCUGGAGCAGUACCGCGGUGGCAGCGUGCCCGUGGAGGCCCUCGUCAUGGCGCUCUUCGAGCUGCUCAACACGCACGCCAAGUUCUCCCUCCUCUCCGAGGUGAGAGGCCUCAUCACCCCCCAAGACCUGGACCGCUUCGACCACCUGGUGCUGAGGCGCGAGAUCGAGUCCAUGAAGGCACGGCAGCCCGCGGGCCCGGCGGGCGGGGACACCUGCUCCGUCGUCUCCUACAGCGACGCGGGCUCGUCCACCGGCAGCCACGGCACCUCCACCACCGUCAGCUCGGCCAGGGAGCGGCUGCUGUGGCUCAUAGACCUGAUGGAGAACACGCUGGACCUGGAGGAAACUGGGCAGACCGUGCAGGGCACGAGCAGCACCCUCCCCGAUGUGUCCCUGGACGACGACGUCAGGCCCAGCUCCCGGGGGCUGCCCAGCUUCCAGCCGCCGCCCCCGCCCCCUCCUCCCGGCCAGCCCAGGAAGCCGGGCCCGGAGGACCCGCAGCCGCCCUCCCCGGCCUCCUCCUCCUCCCACUCGGGGAUCCUGUUCUCCGCGCCCGGGAACCGCAGCAGCCCGCCGGCGGGCAGCGCCCCCACCCCAGGGCCCCCAGACUCUCCCUCCUCACCCUCGCCUCUCUACGCCUCCGUCUCCCCUGCCAAUCCCGGCCCCAAGCGGCCCCUGGACGCCCACCUGGCCCUGGUCAACCAGCACCCCAUCGGCCCCUUCCCUCGGGUCCAGUCCCCCCCGCACGUGAAGAGCCCCCCCGCGGAGGCCGCGCCGGUGGGGGGCUGCCUCCUGCCGCCCUCCCCGUCGGGCCGCCUGGAGCAGGCCAGCACCAACCAGCACUUCGUGAUGGUGGAGGUGCAUCGCCCCGACAGCGAGCCGGACGUGAACGAAGUGAGGGCGCUGCCCCAGACACGCACAGCCUCCACGCUCUCGCAGCUCUCGGAUAGCGGGCAGACCCUGAGUGAGGACAGCGGCGUGGACGCUGGCGAGGCCGAGGCCAGCGCCCCGGGGCGAGGCAGACAGGUGGCCUCCACCAAGAGCAGGAACGGCAAGGAACCGCCCCGGAGCGAGAGGACCACCGAGGGGGUCACCAAACCGCCCGGACUCCUGGAGCCCACAUCCACCCUGGUCCGCGUGACCAAGAGCGCGGCCACGCUGGGCAUCGCCAUCGAGGGCGGCGCCAACACCCGCCAGCCGAUGCCCAGGAUCGUCACCAUCCAGCGAGGCGGCUCGGCCCAUAACUGUGGGCAGCUCAAGGUGGGCCACGUGAUCCUGGAGGUGAACGGGCAGCCCCUGCGGGGCAAGGAGCACCGGGAGGCCGCGCGCAUCAUCGCCGAGGCCUUCAAGACCAAGGAGCGCAGCUACAUCGACUUCCUCGUCACCGAGUUCAACGUGAUGCUCUAAGCUGGGACCCCAGGCACCGGGGAGUCUCCUGGGGCCGGGGAUGGUUGGGAGGGGAGGCAGGGGCCACAGGGCCGGGGUCCAUCCACCCAGGGUAGUUCCGGCCCACCAGAUCGGAAGCAGGAGAAAGAAGAGAGAUGGGGGCGAGCACACAUUUGGCCAGGGGCCUCUGUGCAAGGGUGAGGGGUGACUCCCGUCUCCACAAGGCUGCCGGUGACUGGGUCGUGCGGGGCCACUGCUGCCCACCCCCCACCUCCUAAACCCUGGCCUUGUCCCCACACGCCUAAACCUAUGGAAUGGGACCUCGGACUCCCUGGACAUGGCCCCCAGCUGGGGGCAGGGCGGGGGGAGGCGCAUCCUGCAGGACCUUUAGUGCCACAAAUAAGCACCGAGCACCCCUGCCCCCCUCCCCUCCCAGACGGUCCUUGUCCCCUCCUGGGAUUCACUAUUUAUUUCCCCCAGCGGCUGUUUCCCCCUUCCCCACCCCUCCUUCCCAGAGGCCUUGCAGGCAACCGGCGGUGGCCGAGUAUUUAUAUACAGAGCUUAUGACUUUAAUUUUUCAAUAAAGAGUCGGAACGA